UUCUAACAUUGUCGUUGGUUUCUUUAACAUGUUAGUCUUCCAUUUUUCAAGCAGCUGUCCUUAAGAUUGUAAUACAUAUUCCUUUACUUUGUUGGGUGCUAUAUAUGAUUAUACAACAAGUGUGUAAAAUUGCAGCGUAGUGAAUACAAUUUUAUUGUAGGCACUUGUUCCUCUCUCAAUGUUCCUCCUUCACUUAUUUUACCUUAUUUAGUUCGUUAUUUUUCUUUAGACUUGAGUUGCAUAUCGAGUGUCCAUAAAUGGGUGUUGGCCACUCACAAACUCCCUCCAAAAAUCCUCACUCCACCAGCCAAUCGCCAAAACCCUAAAAAUAUCUCCAUGGCCUCGACCUCCGCUCGGACACACUCCACCGCGGGUCGGAUCCGAACCGCCGCCACCACUCUCUACUCCGACAACCAGUCCCUUCUUGGUGAUAUUCGAAAAUCUUUCAAUUUGUUGAAGGAUGUUGCUGUUGAUUUGGAGAAAGCGAAUCAAUUUGACAAGGUGAAGGAGAUUGAAAAUGCUGCUGUUGAACUGCUGGCUACUUGUGAUCAUUGUAUGCUUCUCUCAUCAGCAAUUCAAUCUGUUGGAAAUAACUACGAACCUCCUCCAGAGCCUAGUCAGCUUACUGAUUUUGAGAAGUUGCUCAAGACUGAGGUUGCAAAGCAAAAGGCUAAAUCAUCUUCAUCUACAGCAAACCAAUCUAUGAUACGUCAAUUCCGGGAAGCUGUCUGGGUAUGA